GAAAUGAAAAUGGAAAUUGAUAUUGCGCAGAAAAGGGCAAAUUGAAAUAGACGCACAUAAUUGAAUUAUAAAAUAUAAUUAAAUUGCAUAAACAGCAUCAUCAUCAUCAACAUAUAAGAUUUAAGAAGCAUGGCAUCACCACCGGAAAGCCCCAUCGAGGAGGUGGUCUACGAGUUGGAACACACACGAGUGCCUAAACCCAUCCCAGUUGCUCUCGAGGAUUUGUGCCGUCAAACCAAGUUCACCAAGCAGGAAAUCCGCGUCAUGUAUAGAGGAUUUAAAACGGAAUGUCCCGAGGGUGUGGUGCACGAGGAUUGUUUUAAGGAUAUUUACGCCAAAUUCUUUCCACAUGGCAAUUCCAGUUUAUAUGCUCAUUAUGUGUUCAAAGCCUUCGAUGUUAAUUGCAAUGGCGCCAUUAGUUUUCGGGACUUACUCGUCACCUUAUCGACGCUGUUGCGCGGCUCCGUCUACGAGCGUCUGCGCUGGACCUUCAAAUUGUACGAUCUCAAUGGAGAUGGUCGCAUCAGUCGCGGCGAGCUGAGCGAAAUUGUGCUGGCCAUACACGAGCUUAUGGGACGGAGACCGCAUCAGCCGGAGGACGAUCGCAAGGCGAGAGAUCAGGUGGAUCGAGUCUUUCGCAAAUUGGACUUAAAUCAAGAUGGCAUCAUUACGAUAGAGGAGUUUCUCGAGGCUUGUCUCAAGGACGAUUUGGUAACACGUUCGCUGCAAAUGUUCGACAAUGACCUUUGAUGACAAGCGGACGAACCAGCGAUUCGCAAUACCAGGACUAUAAUACCGCUUAUUGAUCUAUAAAUUGAAUUACGAUUAACACACACACACGCCCACAAAGCAAAGCCAACAAAGCCACAAACAACAAUUGUACUAAAUGAACACCAGUUAAACAAAACAAAAGAAAAUGAAAGCUGACGAAGAAGAAACAACAUAUUAGUACUUAACAUUAGUUUAGGCAGCUACAACAAAUAAUAAAUCCACGAAACUUUAAAACAUUUAUGUGUCUACGUUUCGGAUUUUGGAUUUCGGAUUUUGGAUGGAAAUUGAUCGUAAAUUUAUAAAAGACAACAAAGUAAAAUGAUACAAGAAUAUGUCACUUUUUUAUGCAUAUUAUGAAUUUAAUCCUGCCGUCAAAAGCGAAUUGGUCUUAUAUAUGUGUACUUAUGCAUGUACAAUAAAAACGUAUGUACUUUACUUUCAUGGAAUUAAAUGAGCAUUAACAAAAACAAAAACAAAAACAAACUUAAACUCAAAAAACGAAACCACCAACCAAAUGAAUAACAAACAACUAACAAACGGAAUUGGUUUAAAAAAGUUUAACAAAUUGUGCAACACGAUUUACUUUACUCGAUUGAAUGAAAAACAAAAACCAAAAACAGCAAUUUACUUAUAUACCAACAAUAUAUAUAUAUGUUUGUAUAUUUAGCAGACAUAACAAUAACGAUUCUAAUUGUAUUAUUUUUGUUGAUUACUAAUUGCAUUUAAUUUUUCAACAUGAUUUUCAAAAAUAGUUUCGAACUCGGCUAGUCUAAAUUGUUCCACUAAAUUCGCUUAAUAUAUCAUUCUUUCAAUCUUCUAUUAAAUUUCUUAAUUCAAAGUGAAUUUAACCAACAAAAAAAUUCGUAUAAAUUUUGCAUAUUUUUAAUUGCAGCGUAGAAUUUGCGGUCAAUUAAACAAUUAAUAAAAUUCAUUUUAAAUUUAUGCAAAUGUUUCUGGGUUCUUUUUUUGUAUUAAAUUGCCAAUUAAAUUUAAUUAUUUUCUGCGCAAAAUGCAAAACUACCACCGAUAAAAAAAGUAGCACUUGACGAUUUAAAAGAACCAUAAAUACAACAUAUUUAUUAAUUAUGAAGAGCAGCAAACGCAAUUGCCCAAACAUGAGUUUUCAAUUAAACUGCAGCUUUCAUUCAAUUAUUUAAAUAUAUACGUGCAACUGCAUAUUAAGCAUACGCCCCAUUGUACAGCAGAACAUGCAACAUGCAACACCUGCUGCAUUAAUAGAAAUAUUUAAUUUUUUAGCAUAUCAACGGGCAGCAAACACAAACAAACAAACAGCAAACUGUCCCAGCUGUAGGAAUAUUUAACAUUGCCUCAAACAAUGCACAACAGCAGCAAAAAAAAAGGAAAACAAAACAAAUCUACACAAAUACCAAAAAAAAAACAUUCUUUUUACAUUGUACCUUCCAGAACAAUACAAUUGUUGUUUCAGCAAAAGUUUUAUACUUACUUAUAAUACAAUUACGCGUCGCGUUCAUUGAAUGCCACUGUGCAUGGAGUCGAGACAAUCAAAUGUGGUUUGAUAUAUUUCCCCUUAGUUAUUACACAUGUUCUUCCAUUGUUAUUUCGAACAGCAACAACAACAAUUUGAUUUGAUUCACUGAAUCGAAAGCAAUGCAAACUAAAUUUCAAUUGCAGUCGCUUCGAUAUUCACAGCUUCAGCUUGAACCUCUGAGUUUCUUGAAUUUAAAUAUGUUUCCCCAAUCAAAAAUAUAUUUUUCAUUCCAAUAAAUCAUUAUCAAGUCAACACUUAUUGGCAAUAAUAACAAAUGCGCUUAGAUGUCAUUGAAAUGGAAACUUGGAAACUUGGAAACCUAUGCGACCUACAUGAUAAACCACCCUAAGAUUCUACCUAGUAUGUAUGUAUAGUAUGCAAUAUGUAUUAACUUACACUGUCCAACAAACCGAAUAUAAACGAUAAUUAAAUUACCUUUUAAAUGUCUAACUAGUAAACCAAAACAAAACAAAAAGAAAAACGAAAAACGAGAAAAGUAAAGAAAAUUCAAAUGGAAAGUAAACCUUAAACUAAAUAAUGAAAUUGAAACGCUUAAAACUAUUAUAUAUAUUUAUUUAAUUAACCAAUUGAUAAAAUGAAAAGAAAUGUUUUUAGUCGCUAAAUGUUUAGUAUGAGUAACUAAAUUUGUGUAAAUGUCUAACUAAGCUAAUCCCCAAAUCUUGAUCGAGCUAAUUACAAUUCACAUAACGAAUUCGAUGUUUAGCUAGAAAAACCGUAAGAAUCCUUAUCCAUGUAGCCUCUACUAUUUUUAGCCUGAAUGAAAGGUUGUUUCGAAUUCCCAUUUCGCUUGGAUUGCGGAAUUCGAAACAGACCGAGGAAGGAAAUUGAAAAUUAAUUCAUGUAUUUUUUAAACUAAAUAUAUUGCAUUCGCAUUUAGUUGAAACUAAAUUAAAUCAAAAUGUACCUAGUAAAUGUAAAUUAUGAUAAUAAUUUUCAAACAUAAGCUAUUUAAAUUACGAUUACGAUUACUUGGAAUGAAAGGUGGCAUUAAGAAAUUGUAUCACCAACGAUCCUAAAUAAUCCACUAAGUUAAUUAAUAUAAUUUACUCGUAUGCUAUCAAAUACUUAAGCCAAUCCUUCAAUUAAUUUGUAAACAAACAAACAAAAACACAAAACUCUUACACUCACACACUUAAGAAAGAAAAACAAAAUAUGUAACUUAACAGCAGCAAACGUGGUUAGUGAUUUGGAUUGUUUAUAAGUAACAUACACACCGUGUAUAAUAGGAGACCCAUGCACAUUGAUAACAUAAUCGAAUUCAAAAUUAUUCUAAACUCUAAAGAAAAAAAACAAAAACAAUUAAAUGAACUGUUCUGCAUUUCGCUUAACUCUAUAUCACAAACAA